GGACUACCUAGAUUAACUGAUUGGUCUAGAGAAAGGAUUUAAUUGGGACAUGAUCACAUGGAGUAGGAGUUGCAAAAUUCUAGAAUACAGAAGGAAGGGGCGAGGAACAAAGAUCUGUUGAAAUAAGAAAUUAAUUAAAAUCUCAUCCACACACGCCAUCAACUCACGAGUCAUACCUCACGAGUCGUUCAUCUAUAAUUACGUGGAAAAAAACAACUUUCAUCAUCUUAUCGUAACUCGGCGGCUACUCCAACUCAGUACCGACUGCUAAGUGCCAACAGUGAAGCUGAGCCAAGCGGAGCUCCCUCUCCAUCACCCAGAUUUCGAUUCUUCCGCCGGUUGCGGUUUUCGUUUCAGCCGGCGAAUCUUUGAGUGAGUGAGAGAGAGGGGGAAUAAUAAAGUGGAAGCAGAAUGUGGAAGCUGAAGAUAGCCGAUGGAGGGAGUAAUCCAUGGCUGAGGACUACGAACGAUCAUGUAGGAAGGCAAGUCUGGGAGUUCGAUCCGAAGCUCGGAUCUCCCGAGGAGCUCGCCGAGAUUGAGCAAGUUCGUCAAGAUUUCUACAAGAAUCGGUUCCACAAGAAGCACAGCUCCGAUCUCCUCAUGCGCAAACAGUUUGCAAAGGAGAAUCCGCUGGUUAAUGUGUUGCCUCAAGUGACGGUGAAAGAGAAAGAAGAUGUUACAGAGGAGGCAGUGACCAUAACUUUAAGAAGGGCUUUGGAUUAUUACUCGACGAUCCAGGCUCAUGAUGGACACUGGCCAGGGGAUUAUGGAGGGCCUAUGUUUCUCAUGCCCGGUUUGGUAAUUACUCUGUCCGUGACAGGGGCAUUGAAUGCAGUUUUGUCAGAAGAACACAAGCGGGAGAUGCGCCGGUACCUCUAUAAUCAUCAGAAUGAAGAUGGUGGGUGGGGCUUACACAUCGAGGGACCUAGCACCAUGUUUGGAAGCGUUCUCACUUAUGUAACGUUGCGCUUGCUUGGUGAGGGAGCUAAUGAUGGAGAAGGAGCGAUGGAGAAAGGGCGUGACUGGAUCUUGAACCAUGGUGGAGCUACUGCGAUAACCUCGUGGGGGAAAAUGUGGCUUUCAGUACUUGGAGUCUUUGACUGGUCUGGCAAUAAUCCCCUGCCCCCUGAGAUAUGGCUUCUUCCUUAUAUUCUCCCAAUCCAUCCAGGAAGGAUGUGGUGUCAUUGCCGGAUGGUCUAUUUGCCUAUGUCCUAUUUGUAUGGGAAAAGGUUUGUUGGUCCCAUCACCCCAACAGUUUUAUCAUUGAGAAAGGAACUUUUCAAUGUACCGUUCCAUGAAGUUGACUGGAAUCUUGCUCGGAAUGAAUGUGCAAAGGAAGAUCUCUACUACCCACACCCUCUCAUUCAAGAUAUGCUCUGGGGGUUCCUUCACAAGUUCGUUGAACCUAUUCUGAUGACCUGGCCUGGAAAGAAGUUGAGAGAAAAGGCACUUCAGACUACAAUGGAGCACAUACACUAUGAAGAUGAAAAUACCCGUUACAUUUGCAUAGGACCUGUAAAUAAGGUGUGCAUCGUAUUAAAUAUGCUCUGUUGUUGGGUGGAGGAUCCAAACUCGGAAGCUUUUAAGCUGCAUCUUCCAAGAAUACCUGAUUACCUUUGGGUUGCUGAAGAUGGAAUGAAAAUGCAGGGGUAUAAUGGAAGUCAGGCAUGGGAUACUUCAUUUGCUGUUCAAGCAAUUCUAUCAACCAAUCUUAUUGAAGAGUAUAGUUCAUCACUUAAAAAAGCACACACAUAUGUGAAAAACUCACAGGUUUUGGACGAUUGCCCUGGUGACCUUGAUUAUUGGUACAGACACAUUUCUAAAGGUGCAUGGCCUUUCUCAACUGCUGACCAUGGAUGGCCUAUCUCAGACUGCACAGCAGAGGGAUUAAAAGCUGCUCUUUUACUAUCACAAAUGCCAUCAGAGCUUGUUGGGGAACCAUUGAAAGCUCAGAGAUUUUAUGAUGCUGCAAAUGUGAUUUUGUCAUUACAGAAUGCUGAUGGUAGCUUCGCUACGUAUGAGCUCACAAGAUCCUAUAGUUGGUUGGAGUUGAUCAACCCAGCUGAAACAUUUGGUGACAUCGUUAUUGAUUACCCUUAUGUUGAAUGUACUUCAGCUGCGAUUCAAGCCUUAGUACCAUUCAAGAAACUUUAUCCUGGACAUCGGAUAGCAGAAGUGGAUGGUUGUAUCAAGAAGGCUGUUGCAUUCAUUGAAUCCAUUCAGGCUACAGAUGGCUCAUGGUAUGGUUCCUGGGCCGUUUGCUUUACGUAUGCUACAUGGUUUGGCAUAAAAGGAUUGGUUGCUGCUGGAAAGAACUUCGACAAUAGCUCUUGCAUCCGGAAAGCAUGUAACUUUCUGUUGUCCAAGCAGUGUCCUUCUGGUGGCUGGGGAGAGAGCUACCUUUCAUGUGUAAACAAGGUAUAUAGUAAUCUUGAAGGUGACAGGGGCCACGUGGUAAAUACCGGAUGGGCGAUGUUGGCUCUGAUUGCUGCUGGCCAGGCUGAGAGAGACCCAGCGCCACUGCACCGUGCAGCCAGAUUCUUGAUAAAUUCCCAAAUGGAGAAUGGAGAUUUCCCGCAGGAGGAAAUCAUGGGAGUUUUCAAUAGGAACUGUAUGAUUAGCUACUCAGCUUACAGAGACAUUUUCCCGAUUUGGGCGUUGGGAGAAUACAGGACCCGAGUCCUUCAUGCGUUGGGUUGUAGAAUGCUGCGGUAGCUUCGCUACAUAAGGUCCUAUAGUUGGAUGGAGGUAGUCUCUUUGGCUUGCAAAUACUGUACUGGUAGCUUAUGAACAUCUACCAAGCAGUGUUCUUCGGGUGGUUGGGGAGAGAGCUACCUCUCAUGUGUAAACAAGGUAUAUAGCAAUCUUGAAGGUGACAGAGGCCACGUUGUAAAUACUGGAUGGGCGAUGUUGGCUCUCAUCAGUUCACUGCUGGCCAGGCUGAGAGAGACUCAACACCGUUGCACCGUGCAGCCAGAUUCUUGAUAAAUUCUCAAAUGGAGAACGGAGAUUUUCUGCAGGAGGUAAUGAAGCCAGUGUGAAAUGGAGGACACUGACUGAAGAACAUGCAAGAGACAGCUUUGAAAACCUUCUCUUCAGUGUAUGCCGGUUCAGAGAGCUUACUGGAACUUAUCCUCAAAAUAUAACGGGUAUUCGGUCUCCUCUUGGCAGACGCGUCAUUUUGUCAUCUCAAGAACAUGUAGUUGGGUCAACCUCUAAAGGUAACCUUGACUUCACAGUGAGAUCAGUUUCAGCUGCUAAUUGUAGACAAGGCUUUACUAGUGGCUCUCUUUUACCUGGCGCUUCUCAUGGCAAUGUUCUGACUAAAGAAUCCUUCAUCCGGUACUUUCAUAACACUCCGGUCCUAUAUAGCAGAAAAGCAGUUGAUGAGGCCUUGGGUUUAAAGACAGAAAGGAAAGGGAAGUUUAAGAGAAGGGACAAGGCACAGAUGAAACCUCCUGUUGAAGCUAAAUACGUGCCCCCUAAACUAACACAAUAUAUGAAGUCCUCUCAAGCUAAAAUGGUCGACAUAUUUGAAGGCAUGACCAUCGUUGAACUUGCCAAGCGUACUGGUGAGUCAAUCAGCACCUUACAGGAUGUUCUUCUUAAUGUUGGGGAAAAGCCCGGGUCAGAGUUUGAUCCUCUCAGCAUUGAUGUUGCGGAGCUCAUUGCUAUGGAGGUUGGGGUUAAUGUCAAGAGGCAACAUUCAUCCGAAGGCUCACAAAUCCUUCCACGACCUCCAGUUGUUACAGUCAUGGGUCAUGUUGACCACGGAAAGACAUCUCUCCUGGAUGCCCUGCGCCAAACAGCUGUGGCUGCCACUGAAGCUGGUGGAAUAACUCAGCACCUUGGUGCUUUCGUGGUAGGGAUGACUUCUGGGGCAUCAAUCACAUUUCUCGACACGCCAGGCCAUGCUGCAUUCAGUGCGAUGCGAGCAAGAGGUGCAGCAGUCACCGACAUUGUUGUUCUUGUAGUUGCUGCUGAUGAUGGGGUGAUGCCUCAAACAUUGGAAGCUGUGUCCCAUGCAAAAUUAGCCAAUGUGCCAAUUGUGGUUGCUAUCAACAAAUGUGACAAGCCAGCUGCGGACCCAGAGAGAGUCAAAGUCCAGUUGGCAUCAGAGGGUUUGCAGCUAGAGGAAAUGGGCGGUGAUGUCCAGGUAGUUGAAGUCUCCGCUGUUAAGAAAACUGGGUUGGAUGACUUGGAGGAAUGCUUGCUUCUUCAAGCAGAGUUGAUGAACCUGAAAGCUCGUGUCGAUGGUCCAGCUCAAGCUUAUGUUGUGGAGGCAAAACUCGACAAAGGUCGUGGACCACUGGCCACAGCAAUAGUGAAGGCAGGAACCUUGGUCUCUGGGCAGCACAUUGUGGUGGGGUCAGAGUGGGGGAGAAUAAGAGCUAUAAGGGAUAUGGUAGGGAAGUUGGCACAGCAGGCGACACCUGCAAUGCCAGUUGUGCUUGAAGGGCUGAAGGGGCUUCCUAUGGCUGGAGACGAUAUCGUUGUUGUGGAGUCCGAGGAGAGAGCUAGAAUGCUGAGUGCUGGUAGGAAAAAGAAGUUCGAGAAAGAUCGGCUGAGACAGAUUAUGGAGGACAGGCCUGUGGUUGAGGAACCAUCAGAAGAAGACGGGCCUGUAGCUGUAAGGGUUGAGAUGCCGAUUGUAGUGAAAGCAGAUGUUCAAGGAACUGUCCAGGCUGUCACUGAUGCUUUGAAGACUUUGAACAGUCCUCAGGUUUUCGUGAAUGUAGUCCAUGUAGGCGUAGGUCCAAUCAGUCAGUCGGAUAUCGAUCUAGCUCAGGCAUGCGGUGCGUGCAUAAUUGGAUUCAAUGUCAAAACUCCACCUGGUUCAGUCAGUCUUGCAGCAACUAAAUCCGGCAUAAAGAUAAUGCUGCAUCGAGUUAUCUACCGCCUUUUAGAGGACGUGGGCAACAUGAUAGUAGAGAAAGCUCCCGGGACUUCUGAGACUCAUGUAGCCGGAGAGGCCGAAGUCCUUAGCAUCUUCGAACUGAAGGGGAGGAGCAAAGCCGCAGGAGGAGACAUGAAGAUUGCGGGCUGCAAGGUGAUAGAUGGCCGAGUCAGCAGAGCAUCAACGAUGAGGCUCCUUAGGAGCGGUGAAGUCGUGUUCGAAGGAUGCUGCUCGUCCCUCAAACGAGAGACACAGGACGUGGAUGCAGUCGGUAAAGGGAGCGAGUGCGGAAUGAUGCUCCGUGAUUGCCAAGAUUACCGUGUUGGAGAUGUGAUCCAGUGCUUGGAGCAAGUCGUUCGGAAGCCCAAGUUCGUUUCUUCACAGAGUGGCGCUGUUCGGAUUGAAUGCUGACACACACCCUCGAGCAUAUGGGGGUUGCUUACUAUUAUUCUUCCUCCUAGUUUGCAGCCUGCAAAGAAGUUUUGAUGGAGAAGUGCUUGAGAAUUAAUCAACACACCAUAUUAUUUUUUUGUUGUUGUACAUUGCGAGAAGGGAACUUCAUUUCAUCUAGUAUAGGGAAGCAAAGGAUUCUGAAAAUUCUUUUUAGGGGACAUUCUCUGUACGCGGAUUAUGAAAGCUGGAGAACUCGUCCUGUGUUGCUCCAUGCAAUAAGCAGCAGAUGAACCACAUCCUUUUAAGUCAUGGUUCGUGAAAUUGUAAAGAAUGCAAGGUCGCGAAACUGUAUCAGAGUUUGUACCAGACAAAUUA